UGUCCUCCUUGCCAGCAAUCACUAAAUGUAAUCUGAAAGUAUUUUCUAAAAAUAUUCCACGCACCAUUUUCCAAGGAUGUCCAGUUUUCUUCAAACAUUUCAGCAUACGUAUAAAUUUUUGAAAAUCUACAAUAAUUAAGCUAAAAAUUUUGAGCCCCGCUCCACAGCUAGCCAGCAUUGAUAAUCUUUAUUCUAGGCGUUUAUCAAGAGAUUUGAUAGUAAAACAUGCAAUUUCAUACCCCCGCUAUACAUGUUAUUGUCAGAGUAAUAAGUCCCAGUGGAAGCUCCUAAUAGGCAUAUAAAAUGGCUGUAAACCAGGAAACAAAGUUUUUUUUUCAGUUUCCAUGAUGGACUCCGAUUAUGACAUUGUGCAUACUGCAAUGGAAAUUCCAACAUUUGCCAGAGCUCUGAACGCGGAGCCUAAGAGCCAGCUCUUUUUGAAAGAGAAUCAAGAUAGUCAGCCUAGGCUUCUCGUGUCUACUGCUGAAAAAAAUGGCUCAGUAAUUUCCAAUUUCAAAUCUUCCUGGAAUCACUAUUACAUCGAAGACAACUCCUCUUCCGAUGAGAACAUAUCUCAGACCACCGUAUUUGACAGCGAAAGUUGCCGGCUCGACGAUCUUGCAGAGUACGUGCAGAUGCUGGCUGCCAAGCAGGCUCGGUGUAACGCAAACAUCAAGAAGCUGGAACAAUCGACACGAAACUUUGCCUCCAUCGCAAUUCCAGCUUUUGUCAUCAUUCUUCUCAUUCUUUUUCUUUUUCUUGUAGAUGUUAAGCCAAAAAAGGCAUUUUGAGCGUCAUCAAAUUCCGCAAUAUUGUAUUUGGAAAA